AUGAUCAUCCUGUUACAUUUUCACCUAAAACAUGCUAUUUUAUUUGGUAAGAAGAAACACAUUGAUGUACAGUUCUACACAGAAGUGGGUGAAAUCACCACAGAUUUAGGCAAACACCAACAUAUGCAUGACAGGGACGAUCUUCGAGCUGAACAAGCUGAGAGAGAGCUUAGGAACAAAUUGAAAUCAGCCUUUAAGAGUUUCUGUGAAAAAGUUGAAAAUAUCACCAAGCAAGAAGUGGAGUUUGACACCCCAUUCAGGGAACUAGGUUUCCAUGGAGCUCCUUUCAGGAGCACAGUCCUGCUGCAGCCCACUAGUGGCUGCCUCGUUAACCUUACUGAUUGGCCUCCAUUUGUGGUAUCCCUGGAUGAGGUAGAGUUGGUUCACUUUGAGCGAGUGCAAUUCCAUCUGAAGAAUUUUGAUAUGGUGUUUGUGUUUAAAGAUUAUAGCCGAAAAGUGGCAAUGGUAAAUGCUGUUCCAAUGAAUAUGUUGGACCAUGUAAAAGAAUGGUUGAAUUCAUGUGAUAUCCGCUACACUGAGGGGAUUCAGAGUUUGAACUGGACAAAGAUCAUGAAGACCAUCACUGAUGAUCCUGAUGGAUUUUUUGAUAAUGGUGGCUGGAGUUUCCUGGAACCAGAAAGUGAUGCUGAAGAUGAAGAAGAUGAAGAGGAUGAAGAUGACGCUUAUGUCCCUAGUGAUGACAGUGGAGAAGAGGAAGCAAGUAGUGAAGAAGACAGUGAAGAAAGCAAUUGGGAAGAUGAAGAAUCAGGUUCUGAUUAUGACGAUCUUGGUUCAAGUGAGGAGAGUGGCAAAGACUGGGAUGAAUUAGAAGAGGAGGCCAGACGAGCUGACUAUGAACGUAACCAGGAGGAGGAACGUGAGAGCAGGAUGGGUGUGUCCAGCACUGGCAGCAGCAAUAAACGGAAGCGUGAAAUAUUUCGUCUCUCUUUUUUUUUUUUUUUUUAUCCAUUUCGUUUCUUUAGUUAUUCUUUUAGAAUUUUUCUUCCUUAUUUUUUAUUCUUCUUCAUUGAUCUUUCUUUUACUCUUUCCUUUUGUUUUUUCUUUUCUUUUUUCUUUGUCUUUUUCUCAUUAUUCCUUCGUUUCUCAUCUUUCUUUCUUUGA